AUGGACCGGCGGCGCCCCGCGGCCUCUGGCAAGGCCCCCACAGACCCCGGGCUCCUGGACUCCUGCCUGCAGACUCCGCCGCCCAGGUCCCCAGGGCUGCCCCCUCCCGCACCUGGAGCCCCCUCCCGCACCUGGAGCCCCCUCCCGCACCUGGAGCGGCACACCUCCCAGCCCCGUGGAAAGGACCAAGGAGGGACAUUUCCUGGGAACACCACCGAGAACACAGGGGUCAUCGUGGGAGCCAUUGUCGGUGUCACCCUGUUUCUCGUCCCGGUGGGUCUGCUGAUUUUCUUCCUGAAGAAGAGGCACAAGAAGAGCCAGAGGGAACCAGCACCCAGGCGUCUGGUCUUCAGCUUCUCAGAGGACAUUCUGGCAGAAGACUUUGCUGACCAUGUCAGGAAAAAUGAGAAGGACAGCAGUUUUGGCUUUGUAGAGGAGUACCAGCAAUUGGCUCUGGAGACCCACAGCCAGUCUCAAACAGUGGCCUUGCAUCCUGAAAACAGCACCAAGAACCGUUACAGAAACGUGCUCCCCUAUGACUGGUCCCGUGUGCCCCUGAAAGCCAUCCAGGAGGAGCCAGGCUCUGACUACAUCAAUGCUAGCUUCAUGCCUGGUCUCAAGAACCCCCGGGAGUUCAUCGCAACCCAGGGCCCCCUACGCCAGACGGUGGGUGACUUCUGGCGCCUGGUGUGGGAGCAGCAGAGCCGCACCCUCGUCAUGCUGACCAACUGUGUGGAAUCCGGCCAAGUGAAGUGUGAACGUUACUGGCCUCUUUAUGCCAAGCCCUGCACACAUGGGCACCUCCAAGUGACGCUGGAGGGUGAGAAGGUGCUGGAGGACUGGACAGUCCGAGACCUGACGCUCCAGCACAUGCAAGAGCAGAAAAUGUUGCCUGUGCGACAGUUCCAUUACAUGACGUGGCCAGACCAUGGCGUCCCCCACUCCACAGACCCCUUGCUGGCCUUCCGGAAGGUGCUGCGGCAGUGGCUGGACCAGACCACGGAGGGAGGCCCCCCCAUUGUGCACUGCAGUGCUGGCGUGGGCCGCACGGGUACCCUCAUUGCCCUGGACGUCCUGCUGAGGCAGCUGGACCAGGAUCAACGUGUGGGGCCCUUCAGCUAUGUGCAGAAGAUGAGGGAAAGCCGGCCUCUGAUGGUGCAGACUGAGGCCCAGUAUGUCUUCCUGCACCACUGCAUCCUACGAUUUCUCCAGCAGUCAGGCCGAGUUCCAACAGACAACGGGGUUGCCUAUGAGAACCCGCUGUAUGAGAAUGUCUGAGCCUCAGGAGGGCUGAGAUGCCAGACCAGCUAGACUCAAAGUCUGGAUCCCCACUUCAGCCCAGGUUCCUGGAGUCCUGGGACAACACAGGGCUGGGGUCCCAGACUCUGGGGUCUUGCAGGGGGAGAAGAGGCCUGGCAGCCUAAACUAUUUCCAUGGAGGAUGAAGGACAGGUGGGAGCAGGUAUCCUGGUUAUCCAGGAAUCCACGUAUCCUGGACUUU